GCCGACAGCGGCUUACCGCAGCGCCGUACCACGGCGUGGAUCAUCUCAUCCAGGAUGACGUGGGGAAGGGCCUACUCUGCAACGUAAACAAUGGCCAUGGAAUAAACCCCCAGCCAUCUGGUUUACAUCCCGGAUCUACUUCAUACAAAGCUAGUAUGGAUGCGGAUGAUGCGCAGAUUGGCGCCCAAACGACCAACACAAGCACGAUGAUGUACCACCACUACUCGGAGGCGCCCUACUAUGCCACCGCACCGCUGCCCGCGCACCCGCGAGACAUGGUGCUCCUGCCGUCGAUGCUCUUCCGCGACCAUCUCGUGUCAUCCCCGCCCUUUGAACAGUCACGUCGUGCGCCAACGACGUUUGCACUUCCGUCGAUCAAGAGCCUUCUGUCCGAGCCCAGCAUUGCCCCUGUCGAGGCAACGCCGGUGGUGCCGACCAAGCCGCGCUGGCGUCCGUCCAAGUACUGCACGGUCGAGGGCUGCGAGCGCGUUUCGCAGCGCAACGGCCUCUGCCACCGUCACGGCGGGAAGCGAUCGUGCAAGGACCCGUCGUGCAAUGCCAAGGACCGUGGGAACGGCUACUGCAUCAAACAUGGCGGCGGCCGCCCUUGUGACGUGGCCCACUGCGGCAAGAAGGCGCGGCGCCAAGGCAUGUGCACGCAGCAUUUUCGCCUCGUGAACACGCCGUAGAAGACUUGGCGCGCACUGUACAUUACCACUAGUUCUAUAGGCUUUCCUAUGGUAGCUCGAUUAUUUAAGAAGCCGUUCGUCGGGCCACAAUCGUAUAGCCGAUGAUUCCAGA